AUGGCUGAUGGGGUUGUAAAUAACUAUGAAAAUGCUCAAACAGAAGUUACUGUAAUCGAGACACUUUGUAUGAAUUGUGGCGAUAAUGGUGAGACAAAGUUACUUUUGACAUGCAUUCCACAGUUCCGUGAGAUAAUAUUAAUGUCUUUUGAGUGCUCGCACUGUGGCUGGAAGAAUAAUGAGGUACAAUCUGGUUCGGCCUUACAAGAUAAGGGUCACUGCAUAGAACUUGAAGUUAAAAAUCGGAGCGAUCUUAACAGACAAGUUGUAAAAUCUGAAUUUGCUACUUUUACAAUAGUAGAUCUAGAAUUUGAUAUACCCCCAAAUACUCAGAAGGGUGUUAUAUCAACUGUAGAAGGUAUAAUAUCUAAAGCUGCUAGUGAACUGGGUUUAAACCAAUCUGAAAGAUUAGCAUCUGAUCUAAAAUUAGGUUUAAAGAUCCAAGAAGUCAUAUCAUCUCUAAAUUCAUAUUAUACUGGAAAUUAUUUUCCUUUUAAAGUAAGAUUAGAUGAUCCAAGUGGUAAUAGCUUUAUUCAGAGUUUAUUUGCUCCUGCUAAAGAUCCUCAAAUUAAGAUUAGACUUUAUGAAAGGACAAGUGAGCAGCUUCAUAAUAUGGGAUAUUAUGGUUUAUUAAAUACUGAUAAGGAAGAUCAAGAUAUUAAGUCAAAUGAUAAUAACUUUAUUACAACUAACCAACCAAAAGUGAUUGAUAAUCCUAAUUUAUACAAAAAAGGAGCAGACAUACCAGAUCACUUAGUUCCUCACUUCUUAGACUUAAAUAAAAGUAUAGAAGACCAAAAUAAGAUCACAGAUGAUGGUGAAAGAAUUAAAUUUAAUGUUUCCUGCCCUCAUUGUGGACAAGAUGGUGAAAGUAAUGUUUGUGAAGUUGAUAUUCCAGGCUUUAGACGCUGCUUAAUUAUGGCAUUUGUCUGUGACUAUUGUGGAGCUAAGACAAGUGAGCUAAAACCUGCUGGUCCAUAUGGAGAAUUUGCAAAGAAAUGGACUUUGAAAAUUCAGGAUUCUCUAGAUUUAAAUAGAGAUGUACUAAAGAGUGAUACAGCAGCUUUGAAAAUUCCAGAAUUGGAAUUUGAGAUAAGCCUCGGUUCUUUGGGAUCUGUAUUUACUACUGUUGAAGGUCUUAUAAUGAAAAUUAUAGAUUCUCUUGAGAACUGCUAUCAAUUUCAAGGGGAUUCAACAGAAGAAAAACAGAAGGUAGCUUUUAAGGAACUCAUUGAGCAACUUGAAAAUCUUGUCCAAAAUCAAACACCAUUUACACUAAUAUUAGAUGAUGCAGCAGAUCAUAGUUUUAUUGGUAAGCGGAUUAUCAAUGGAACAAUAUGUGAUACGGAUGAACAAUUGAGCUUUGAAAUAUAUACUAGAACUCCUGAGCAAGAUGAAGAACUGGGAAUUAGCUAUAUGAAGGUAGAAAACUAUGAAGAAUAA